AUGGGCGCGGCGGUGUCCGACUACUUCACGACCCCCAUCGACAUCUCUGACGGAUACCUCGACGACGCCGAUCCGCUCGUCAUCAUCCACGACGCCUGCGCCAAGGGCAAGCACCACACGGCCAGCCGGUACUUUAAGCUCGGCGGCGAUCCGAAUGAAAAAUGCUUUGAGGACGAUGAUAUAUACGAGCGAGAUGAUACCCCGAUGAUAUGUGCCGCAAGGGGAUGCCCUGAGGCCGGCAUCCAUGGAGGCACGAAGAAGCACAUCUUGACCCUUCAAACGAUUCUUCUCUUUGGCGGCGAUGUGAACGCAUAUAACAAACUCCAUCAAACGGCGCUGUAUACGUCCGUAGCGAGGGGCCACCUCAAUGUUGCUGUGUGGCUGAUUGAAAACGGAGCGGACGUCAACGUGGCCGACUCGGUCGGUGUGCCGCCGUUGCUUGUGGCAGCGCGGCUUGGCCGGGUCGAUCUCGUUGCGUUGCUGCUCGACAGCAAGGCAAAGGUUGACGCGCCCCCACGUCCCCACACGUGCUGCGUCCAAUUUCCAACAAUCGCGCAAGAAUUCCAAUCGUUUCACGGCCCUGUUCAAGCCCUUCUGUUGCAAGCGUGUCCAUCCUUAGGCACGCCCCCUCCACAACCCACCGCGACAAAAAUCCGACCAAAUCACUCCGUCGCGGCGGCUGCUCUUGCGAGCAACCUCAAAAACCAACUCCGGGCUUUGCCGCCUCGCGCCCCGACCACCAUCGCCGUGUCAACGACGAGCCUUGAUCCGUUGACGCUGCGAGCCAUAGCCGAAUCUCAAGGAUCAACGUGGUCGUUCGCCAAGCCAAAAGCCCCGCUUGCUUCCCCGACAACUUCCCUAUCAUCAUCAUCCACCCUUCCAAAGUGCCGCAGCGGGGGAAAAUGGGUCAAGAAGAAACGCGAGGCGUCUGGUCGGGUGCACAUCGCCGAAUGGGAAUAUGUCAAAGCAGACUUUGCCACCGAUGCCGAACGCCAAUCGAACGACACACUACAGCAAUGCCAAGAUAUGUACCGAGCGAUCCAACUGAAACAAGCCCGAGCACCGGCACGAAAAGUCCACACGGCGCCGGACGGCAUGUCGAGGCACGCGAUGGCAGUGUCGCUAUCUCGGCAACACCGACCGUCUACAGUUCCCAAUUGA